AUGGCCACCACCCAAGGCAAGGACAUCAUUUGUUGUCAGUUGUGUUCCAACCCUGUGAAACAUCAUUGCAAUCUUUGUCAUGUGGAUCUUUGCCCUUCCUGCAUAGCAAAACAUAUGGCAGACCAAUCAAGAGAACAUGAAGUUGUUGGAUAUACUUCAAGGAAAAUAGACACUUUUGUUCUUCCAACAUGUUCCACACAUGAGAAAAAACAAUGUGAAGCGUACUGCCAAGACUGUAAAAUACCAAUAUGUAUUAAGUGCCUGAUAGAUUCACACAAGAGACAUAAAGUUAUCGAAAUAAAUAAUUUUCUUCAAAAACAAACACAGCAAAUUAAAGCCGAUAUUCAAAAACUGGAAAAUGUUAUUGUUUCAAAGUGCAGAGAUGUCAUCUCAUCUACAACUACUGCAGACUUUGACAAAAUUCUGCAUGCCAUAGAAGAACAAGAAAAUAAAAUCUGCGAAGCCGUGUAUGAAAUGAGCAUUCAUCUCAAAGACAACGUAACCAAACAAAAGGAAGAAGCAGUGAAGAAAUGCAAAGAAAGCGACUCUUUGAGAAAAAAAGCUAAAAAGGAAAUUGAUUAUAUUAUUCAACAUAACAAGGACAUUCUUAGAUGCAAAGAUACCACAGCCAUAAUAAAGUAUCAAUCAUCAAGUUAUCUGGAUUUCCAAGACCAAUAUUUACCAAGAGCUCCAGGGUUACUCCAGGGAAGUAUUAGGCGAGAGCAAAUUGCUGAAAUAUUUGGUUAUCUUCACCCUGAAGAUACUAUGUUCGAAACGGAUUGA